AUUUUUCGUUUUAACGGCUACCAAGAAGAAGGUCAAGAAUUUAUUAGUUAAUAACAUUUUCAAAAAAAAAAAAAAAAAACACUUACAGAUAGGAAAAAGUUACAAAAAAAGAAUUUCAAAGCAGAGUUAUUGUUUGAAAAUAAAUUUUGAGAUUUGUCUCCUCUCACAAGCAAAACCAACCAACUUCUACAAGUAAAAUGUCAACAUCAACGAAUCCGAACAGCAAUAACAGUAAUCCUUAUGGCAUAACAACAACUAGUUCCGCAUCAAAUACCGAAGAACAACAAUAUGGCAAUACAACGAACAAAACGAAUGCUACCCGACGCUUAGAGUCGGCCGCCAUAACGGGUCGUAAACCUAUAACUGCAACGCAACAAAAUAUGGGUAAACAAUUAACUGGUGGUACUGGAUUAAUUGCCAGCAUACCAGCGAGUCAGCAGCAACAAUUGGAAAAUCUAAUGAAACCCAAAGACACUCUUGAAUAUAUAAUCAAGUUUCCCACACCCCAGUAUCGUAAUGAACAAAGAACCUCCUCCACGGCAUUGGAUCAAACGGAAACCGAUGAUUUUGUAUUCGUUUACAAUGAUACACAUGUGCCCAUUGUAAUGCUCUUGGGUUGGGCUGGAUGUCAGGAUAGGUAUUUGAUGAAAUAUUCCAAAAUCUAUGAAGAUAGAGGCUUAAUCACAGUACGCUAUACCGCUCCCGUCGAUACACUCUUUUGGAAACGCAAAGAAAUGAUGCCGAUUGGUGAAAAAAUUCUUAAACUAAUCUAUGACAUGAAUUUCGAUUCCCAUCCUGUUAUCUUUCAUAUAUUCUCAAAUGGUGGUGCUUAUCUUUAUCAACACAUAUCACUGGCCAUACGCAAACAUAAAACCCCACUGCAAGUGCGUGGUAUGAUUUUAGAUUCGGCUCCCGGCGAACGACGUAUGCUUGGAUUGUAUCGUGCCGUAACGGCUAUUUAUGGCAAGGAACGAAAGAAAUGCCAUUGCAUUACCGCUAUUAUAAUAACAUUAACAUUGGGCAUUAUGUGGUUUGUGGAGGAAACAUUUGCAGCAUUUAAAAGUUUAUUUGUAAAAACCGAGCCAAUUCAAACAAAUCCCUUUAAUGAUUUGAAAAAUGAGCCAAAUGAAUAUCCUCAGUUAUUUUUAUACUCCAAGGGUGAUGUUGUCAUACCGUACACGGAUAUUGAAAAAUUCAUUAAUAUCCGACAGCAGCAGGGCGUUGAUGUCAAUUCUAUAUGUUUUGAAGAUGCUGAACAUGUUAAAAUCUACACCAAAUAUCCUACACAAUACAUACAUUGUGUCUGUAACUUUAUUAACAAUUGCCUAGCGACUCCUUAUAAACCGGCGGUGGAAACAUUUGCAAGUUCAACGCCAGCAACACCAUCAUCAAAUUCUUUAAAAUUUGAAUAAAAAGAUAAACAAAAAAUCAAACUAUAAUCUUUAGCAAAUGGAAAUGUAAUAACAUUUAAAAAUACUAUUUGUUCCACUUUUAGUUUUUUAAAAACAUUAAUUUAUAUUUUCUCCUUAUUAAAUGAAAGUGUAAAGCUUAUAAACACUACUAAAAGUUAAAC